UUAUAUAUAUAUAUUAAUAGAUUGUAGAUAUUUCUAGGUUUUGUUUAACAUUUUGCUCAGGUGUUAAAAAUAAUCAUAUUUAAUUUGAAUGAAGUGAAAUUGUUAUUAAAUUUUUUUUUUAUUAAUAUCUUAUAAUGGAAGACUUUAUUCCAACACGGGUGUCAAAAUUAAACAAGGACGCUGUGAAGGGAUUCAUGUUGGUUAAUUAUGAAAAGCCAAAAAGAAAAAGAAAAAAUGACGUGACUGAAAAUCAGCAUGGAAACGAAGUACAAAGUUCUAGAUUUAGCAUAAAAAUUAAUAAAGAAGAGGAGCAUAAUGAUUAUAAAAAGACACAAGAGCGGGAAAUGAAACGUAUCAGAUACGAGGUUAUGAAAUUUGGUAUGUCCGGUUUUGAAAAAGUAAAAGCAGAAGAAGCAAAAGUUGCACUUGCUUUAAGUUUAGGUGCAAAAGCUCCUAAGAAAAAAGGUAUUAAUUAUAAAGAGUUAAAAGAGCAAAGGAAGAACACAGGAAAGAAGGUAACACGCGUAUCAGGACUCGAGAAGAGUUUGAUAACACACAGAACCAAGAAGAUACGUAAGAAAAAUUCAAACGAUAUAUUAGGAAUUUAUGGGAAAGUGAACAAGAGAGCAGAUAAAAAUAGGAAAUAAAAUUCCAACUAUAAACAUUUAAAAUAUUUUUAUUUAUUUUGUUUAGUUCUCACUACAUUUGCUCAUUGUAUCCAACAACAUGUUCCAUGUAUUGUAUAACUAACAAGUAAUAAAAUAAUAUUUUUCAUGUA